CGUCUAACGUGGAGCCAAAGACAAAUGGUUUGGUUUUAACACUCAAAAAUUUUCCCUUUGCGCCGCAUCCCAACAAUUCUCUUGCAACACGGCUAUCCUGUCCAACAAUCAAGAUGCGCUAUGUCCUUGUGAGCGGCGGUGUCAUCUCCGGGGUCGGCAAAGGAAUUAUUGGUAUGGCAACUGCAUCAAUCCUCGUUAUUCCUCUUUGAGUCGGCUAAUGAACGCCCUCAGCCUCUUCGGCUGGUCUCUUGCUCAAGACAGCUGGACUCAGGGUCACGGUAUGAGACCAAUUUCCCUGCCCAACUAUACCUCCUUUACUCAUAUUGGUUCUAGGCAAUUGCAUGGAGAGUGUUUCGUGUUAGGCGAUGGGUCGGAAUGUGACCUAGACGUUGGGAAUUACAGUCGGUACCUGGGCGUCGAGUUGACCAGUGACAACAACAUCACGACUGGCAAGAUAUACAAGCAGGUCAUCGAAAGGGAACGAAGGGGCGCCUACCUGGGGCGUACCGUUCAAGUCGUUCCUCACGUCACCGACUCCAUUCAGGAAUGGAUUGCUCGAGUGUCCAAGAUCCCCGUCGACGGGUCCGGGAUGGAGCCAGAUGUCUGCAUCAUUGAGCUGGGCGGUACUGUUGGUGAUAUCGAGAGCAUGCCCUAUGUCGAAGCACUCACUCAGCUUCGGCACAAGGCUGGCAAAGGAAAUUUCAUCAACAUAUUCGUUGGGUAUAUUCCCCUCGUGCACGGCGAGCAGAAGACCAAGCCAACCCAGCACGCGGUGAAGAGUGUUCGGAGCGCUGGUCUUUUCCCGGACUUGAUCGCCUGUCGUUGCGAGCACCCCCUCGAGCAAGGUACCAUCACCAAGAUAGCUCGGAGCUGCCAGGUCGAGGUUGAGCAGGUAAUUGCUGUCAGAGAUAUGCCCACCACCUACGAGGUCCCAAUUCUACUUGAAGAACAGGGCCUCCUGGGUCUUUUGCGCACAUCCUUGACGUUGGACGCGAUCAAGCCCACGCCGGCCUUGGUCACGAAAGGCGCAGAGCUAUGGAAGAAGUGGAAGGCCAUGAUCCCGCAGACCUACGCGGAGACAGUCGACAUUGCCCUGGUUGGCAAGUAUGUCGAAUUGCACGAUGCCUACGUCAGCGUCGUUAAGGCGCUGGAGCACUCGGCCAUGCGGUGCGGCCGCAAGCUCAAUCUGAUCUGGGUCGACUCCGAGCACCUGGAGGACGCCACCCAGCAGACUAACCCUACCAAAUUCCACAAGGCGUGGCACGAGGUCUGCUGUGCCGCUGGAAUCCUGGUUCCCGGUGGUUUCGGCCAUCGCGGGACCGAGGGCAUGAUCAAGGCUGCUCAGUGGGCUCACGACCAUUCCACUCCAUUCCUGGGGAUUUGCCUGGGGAUGCAGGCAGCCGUUUGCGCGUGGGCGCGGCAGGUGUGUGGGCACACCGGCGCCACGUCCGAGGAGUUCGACGCCACGGCUGAGCACAAGGCCAUCAUCUUCAUGCCCGAGAUCUCCAGGGAGCACAUGGGCGGCACGAUGCGGCUCGGCACGCGCGCGACGCACUUCCAGCCGGGCAGCGAGUUCAGCAAGCUGCGGGCCCUGUACGGAGGGGCGGAGGUGGUGGAGGAGCGCCACCGCCACCGCUACGAGGUCAACCCCGACUACGUCGAGGAGCUAGAGCGGUCCGGGCUGACGUUCAUCGGCAAGGACGACACGGGCAAGCGCAUGGAGAUCUUCGAGCUGAAGGACCACCCGUGGUUCGUCGGCGUCCAAUAUCAUCCGGAGUACCUGAGUCGUCCGAUUCAACCCGCGACGCCAAUCCUGGGCUUCGUGGCCGCCGCCAUCGGCUGUCUCGACCGGAUCACGAAGGAGGUGACCGAGGAGAAGGCGGCUCUUGUUAACGGCGUUGUCGACGGCGAUGCCUCUUGAUGCCGCUAAAUUUUGCCCGAUCCAAGUGUGGGUCUCUCCCCCCAACCGGCAUCUUUGUCAAGAGAGAAAAGAUGGAAUUGGAGAGAGCUUGUCGCCUCGAGGCACCGCUUCGUAGCUGCCAGCGGUGGCUGCCUGGAUGAAGUCAUCAGGGAGGAGCAGCCGUAGUAGCCUGCCAAGGCUUCGCAGCUCGUAAACGGUGUCAGCGGUGGGAGUGGAGAGAAGCACUUUUUGAACAAGGUACCUACUGCCAAGUCGGGACCUUCCUAUGUAAUGAUGUAAACUUUCAU